AUGUGGGAGAAGAUGGACUUAUUGCUUCUACAUUCGCCCACCGUCUGCAGCUGCGUCUGUUACUUCAAAUCACAAGUGAGGCUCGUGCCGAAAGGAGGCCUUCGCACUCCGUUGUUACAUGUGAUUUGCGUUUCCCCUGGGAUUUCACCCGAGCCGAUGAGGGCCUCUGAUCCGCAGCCAGCCUGGGGUUGGCUCCGGAAAGCAUCGGAGUCCAGACCAGGCGGAUGUACUGCUGGCGAGGAUGGGUCGAUGGGAUCCUCAUGGUCGGAGGCUGAGUACAGCCUGGCUUCGUCUGGACUGAGCUUGGGAGAGUCUGAAGUUUUCUUCGGCCUACUUCUACCUCGCCCCCCCUCAGCGGACCCCACCCACCCCCACACCGAAAAUCAUCGGAACAACACGGAAAUCAAACGAGGCCCUUCAUUAAUUAAAUUAACUCCAGCCAUCCCCACCAUGCCUGCCGUCUCCUUUGCCGCCCCGCCCCUCGAAGCCAUCAAGAAGCAGUCCCACACCUCGUCCGAUCUGCGGAGCCCGCUGCCCACCCUGCGCUCCAAGUCUGCCUACUACCACCCCAGCUACCACCCCGCAGACUCGCCCAACGUCGACCUCGUCCUCGCCUCCUCCGACAAGAUCUCCUGCUGGUUCGCCAUCAGCCGCGCCCAGCUCUUCUGCCACGACGACGCCUUCCGCUCCGUCGGCCUCGAACUCAUCACCCCCGAUACCAACCUGCCCCUCGUCAAGCUCGGCGAAUCCCGCGCCGUCAUCGAGGUCAUCCUCUCGUGUCUGCAGGCAGACACCAUACCCGACUUUGGUCAUCUCGACUUCCGUGUACUCAUGUCCGCACUCGAGGCUGCCGCUGACAAGUACCGACUGGUCCACAUGGAAAAAAUCUGUCUGCUUGCAAUGGGAGCUUACUGUCAGACCCAUCCGGUCGAAGUCUAUACCCUCGCCUCCCACUACUCUUGCCGUUGGCUGACCGAAGCCGCAUCGGAACACACCCUCUCGCUCGACAUCAACCAGCCCAAGUACCGGGACAUCCUGAGCAGUGAGAACCACUCGGCCCUUCUCGAGCUGCAUCGGUACCGGACAGAGGCAGCCAAGACGAUCCUGCGCUCGCUCCAGAUAUCAGCCCAGAGCGGCCACGAGCACCGGGCGGAGCUCGAGAGCUUCUGGGCCCGCUCGGCGGCGACCAUCGAGACCAAGAUCCUCCGCCCCGACACCGACUUCAAGGCCCUCUUCACCCCCGAGCUCCACAACGCCCUCAUCCAGUUCCCCUCCUGCGCCCGCUGCUAUGCCGCCAUCGUCAGGCUCCAGAACCGCGCCGAGAAAGACUGGCUGGCCGUCCGGAGAGCCGUCCUCGAUCUCUCCGCCAAAGCCGACUCCCAUCGGAUCCAAUGUCCCGCCAGUCCUUACCAUUCUGACGAAGAAGACUCCUAA